AUGAACACCACUCCACAACCGAUCCUCGAUAUUGAAGACGCUCUAGUGUCCGAUGACAACCCGGCACGUGAUGACGGCACUCUCGACUAUGAGCGCUGCGCCAGACUACUCAAUUACCUGGUCGCAUAUGGCUGGAUGACCCGCAACGGAAGAGAAACGCCCGACCUUGAUGCGCUAGCCAGCGAAAAGUGGUUUUUCCAUGAAGCAAACGAGGAGGUCGAAGCUAUUAUAGAGCGCCUUGAUGCGCCGCUAAACAAGUUUUGGAUUUAG